AUGAGUGGUUCUGGGGAGAAAAAGCAGUUCAAGAAGCCUGCGCAGGCUAGUUCUAGGAAAGGUUGUAUGAGAGGCAAAGGAGGACCAGAGAAUGCUCUUUGCACUUACAAGGGUGUCCGCCAGAGAACUUGGGGCAAAUGGGUGGCCGAAAUUCGGGAGCCCAACCGUGGUGCUCGUCUCUGGCUUGGCACCUUUGACACCUCCCAUGAAGCUGCCAUGGCUUACGAUGCUGCUGCUCGUAAACUUUAUGGCCUUGAGGCAAAGCUCAACUUACCUGAGUUACGAGUUAAUAACACCCAGUUUCCAGCCACUCCUGCCAAUUCUCAGGUGGCCCAAAUUACAAACCAACCUUAUCAACUCAUGUAUAAUUGUAGUCCUGCAUCUACAUCAUCAAAUACCCCAAGUGUGGAGUCUAAUGAGGCGACGCCAAUAUUAUACAACCAUGAUCCAAUCAUGUCUUUCUCUAACGAAAGCGUUGAUUCGAUUCGAAAGGAGGCAGAAAAUGAAGUAGAUUUUGGGCGAAGUGAUAAGGAAAUCAAAGAAUUUUGGGCAAAUUUCAAUGUGAACAUGCCUUUCGAUGAUUCGAUUUGGAUAGAGGCAGCAAUGUCGAUAAAUUUUCCAGUGGUGGACGAUCCUGGAAUUUUUGCCAGCUAUCUCAUGGAAGGAACUGGCUGGGACACAUCGCUGGCUCCUUGGUGCAUGUAG